AUGGAUAGAAAGAAGUUAUUAUUUGAAAGCAAUUUGAAAAAUAAUUCCUAAGAUUUAAUUGUGGGGGAUAGAGAAACCAAAGCAAGAAUAAAUGAAAUACGUUCUAGGGGUGAUUCGAUAAGAAGAGGAAGUUCAAAGUAUUUGAUUUAUAUAUCAAUUAGAUAGCCAUAUCAUAUUAAUAAUAAAUCAUAUGAUAUUUCAACCAAAACAAGUGGAAGCUUUAUAAUUACAAAGGACAAUGAAGUAUCUUAUUUAAAAAAGAAAAUUGAUGAAUUGCAAUUUAGAAUAGAUUCUUAAGAGGCAAAAUUAAAAGCAAGAGACAAGGAGAUCGCCUAUUAAUAAUCUCAAAUCAAAUAAUUUGUUCUAGAGAUGAAUGAAGUUUAGAUUAUUGAAGAUAAUUAUAAAGAAGAAAUAUCAGUUUUGAAUAAAGAAUUAUCAUAAUGGAAAGAAAAAUACUUUGCUAAUCUCAAGGAAUAUCAAUUUCGUUAAGCCCAAUUAUCUCGAUAGUCUCAAUAAGAGUAAGCUAUGAUGAGAAAGAAAUACGAAGAAAUAAUUGAAUAAUAAUAAAGAGAAAUAGAAUCAAUUGAAAUUAGAUUUGAAAAUGAGAGAGAUAACCUAUAUAAAGCACUUGAUUUACAAAAUACUACCAUGUAGAGAAACGAUGAAAUGAAAGUAUACAGAGAAUAUAUUUUAAGGAAUUGAUGAUAAAAUUAGAAGAAAGAGAUGCUGAAACUCAUUAAUUAUAAGAAAGAAUCCAAGUAUUGGAGAAAAAUAAAGAAGAAUUAAAAUUACAUCAUUAAUAAUAGACUUCUAAAUUGAAUGAACAAAUCAAAAAAUGUAAUUAUGUAUGAAUAUUAUUAAAUAAAUUAGAUUGAACAAGAAGUUAACAGUUUACAAUAACAAUUAUAAGGAAAAGAUAAAUAAAUAAAUACAUUAUAAAUUUAAAUUGGAGAAUAAAAAAAAAAGACAAAUUAACAAGAUUAGGAAAAAUUACAGCACUUAGAAAAUCUUAAUAAUUAACUUGUAUAAUAGAUAAGUUUAUUAGAAGAUUAAGUUGCAAAAUUCAAUUAAUAAGCAAAAGAUGUUUAGAAGAUACAAUCAUUAGAAAAAGAAAAUGAAAAUCUAUAAAUGAUUAUCUAUGAACAAAAAAUAUAGAAUCAUGAUUUAAAAUAAUAAUUAACACUAUUUUAAUAAGAAAUUAAUUAGUUAAAAGAGUAAAAUUAAAAUAUUACAAAAACAACCUAACUUGAAUAAGAAAUCAAAGAUUAUAAAAGGUUAUUAAGUGAAUUAAAAGAAUAAAAUGGAAAACUUUUAAAUUAGUAAGUGGAUAUUGAAGAAAUUAAUGAAGAACUUAUAAUCUUGAGGAAGAAUAAUCAAGAAUUAAAACAAUAGCACGCUGAAGACUUCAAAAUUAUAGAAACAAAAUGUUAGAAAAUUAAAUAACUAGAGUAAGAAGUAAAUUAAUUGAGAUAAGAGAAUUUGAUAUUUUCAAGUUAGAAAUCACAGUGUGAAGAAUUGGAAUAAAAAAUAUAAGAACUUAAUAAUUAAAUAGAAAAAUUGCAUUUUACUAAUAAAGAAAAAGAUGAUUUAAUUUUAUAAAAGCAAAACCUACUACAGUAGUAAAAUCUAAAUUCAAAAGAUUUUGAAAAAUUAAUAACUUAAUAAAAAGCCGAAAACAAAGAACAUUUAAUUUAAAAUAAGCAAUUAACAAAUCAAGUAGUUUUAUUAUAAAAAGAAAAUGAAGAAUUUUAGUAGGAACUCUUAAAAUAUCAAACAGAAAUUGAUGAAUUAACUAGGAUACAUGAAGAGAAUUUAAUAAAAAUAAAUUCUUUAGAAAACGAGUAAUAAUAAUUAAAAAAUACUUUUGAUCAUCAUUAAAAAGAAAUUUAAAAAAAAGAUGCUGAAAAGUUAUCAAACUUUGCAUAAUUAGAAAAUGAAAAUGCAAAACUUUAUUAAUAGAGAAACAAAUUAUAAGAUAAGAUAGGAGAAUUAGAAGAUACAGCUAAUUCAAAAUUGAAAGAAAUAAAUUAAAUGAAAGAGCAAAAUUAAGAGCUUUUUAAUCAACUUAAAUCUUAAUAAUAAGAAUUAGAAACCUUAAAUUGGCAGCUUUAGAAUUUAAAUUCCUAAUCUUAGGACUAUUAAAAUAAUUUAAUUGAAAAAGAGGAGCUUCUUAUUUAAUUAUAAUCCAAGAAUAAUAAAUUAAUUGAUCAAAAUGAAGAAUUGUAAAUCAGUAUUAAACAGCUUAAUAAUACGUAUGAAUCUCAAAUUAUAAAAUAAAAUGAGAGAAUCUAAGAGCUAGAAUAGAAUUUAGAAGCUUUAAAUGAAAGAAAUGAUCAAGAAGCUUUAAUAAAUGAAAAUUUAUUAUUAUAACUAAAAAAUUAAGAAUUAGAAAACUAAAUUCAUUCUAUAAUUAAUGAUUAUGCUAAAAAUUAAGACAAAUUGGAAAAAUAACUCUUAUAUUAAGAACAUAAUAAAGAAGAGUUAAAAUUAAAGUUAGAUGAAUGGUAAACUCAAAAUGAUGAACUUUAAAUAAGACUUGAGUUAUAGGAUAAAGAUAUUGAGAGAUUAUAAUAAAUAAAAUUUGAGUAGUAAGAUGAAUUAAACAAGUAAAUAGAAGCUGUAUCUAGUAUUAAAUAAUCGACAACUAUAUAAUUAAAUGAAUAUUAAAGACAUAUUGAAAAAAUAAAUCUAUUAAUUGUUGAAAAAGAUGAAUAAAUAAUGUUUCUAUAAUAAUAAGCACUCGAAAAUGGUUUGAUAAAACAGGAAACUGAGUAACUUAAAUUAGAAGUAAGUAAAUAGAUGGAACUAAUAAAUUAAUUGGAAUAAAAAAACGAAAAUUACGAAGCAUAAUUAUAAUAAAAAAUUUUAGAAAUUAAAUAACUUAAUUUAUAAUAAUAAUUAAUUGAAUUAAAUUAAAAAAAAGAAAUUGAAGAUAUAAAAAAUAAAGAAUUUGAAGCCAUUAAAUUAUAGGAAAAAUACAAGAUUGAACUAUUAAAAUAUUAGUAAGUUAUAAAUAAUGAUAAUGAUUAAUAAGGAAGUUUCUAAAAUGAAAAUACAGAAAAUAAUGUUUUAAAGAUAGAUUCAUAGAGAGUGGAUCAAAUAAAGGAAGAUUAAUUUAGCUUUAAUAAAUUCGAAGAUAACUUGUAAAAUUAAGAAAAUGAUGAGGAAGAAGAAUUAAAAUAUAAAAAGGCUGAGGAAGUAAAACAAUCUCAAAUAGAAAAAGAUGAAGAAAACUUUGAACUUAGAAAUGAAUAAAAAGAUGAAGAUAUCAAUUAAGAAUAAUAAAAUGUUAAGAAAGUAAAUGAUUAAGUAGAAUUAAAGGAACCUGAAGUCAAUGUUGUUUAGAUUGUUGAAUAACCUUAAAUAGAAUUAGAUAAAGAAUUGAAAGAUGAAGAAAACUUAGAACUUAGAAAUGAAUAAAGAGAUGAAGAUAAUAAUUAAGAAUAAUAAAAUGUUGAGAAAGUAAAUGAUUAAGUAGAAUUAAAGGAACCUGAAGUCAAUGUUGUUUAGAUUGUUGAAUAACCUUAAAUAGAAUUAGAUAAAGAACUGAAAGAUGAAGAAAACUUAGAACUUAGAAAUGAAUAAAGAGAUGAAGAUAAUAAUUAAGAAUAAUAAAAUGUUGAGAAAGUAAAUGAUUAAGUAGAAUUAAAGGAACCUGAAGUCAAUGUUGUUUAGAUUGUUGAAUAACCUUAAAUAGAAUUAGAUAAAGAACUGAAAGAUGAAGAAAACUUAGAACUUAGAAAUGAAUAAAGAGAUGAAGAUAAUAAUUAAGAAUAAUAAAAUGUUGAGAAAGUAAAUGAUUAAGUAGAAUUAAAGGAACCUGAAGUCAAUGUUGUUUAGAUUGUUGAAUAACCUUAAAUAGAAUUAGAUAAAGAACUGAAAGAUGAAGAAAACUUAGAACUUAGAAAUGAAUAAAGAGAUGAAGAUAAUAAUUAAGAAUAAUAAAAUGUUGAGAAAGUAAAUGAUUAAGUAGAAUUAAAGGAACCUGAAGUCAAUGUUGUUUAGAUUGUUGAAUAACCUUAAAUAGAAUUAGAUAAAGAACUGAAAGAUGAAGAAAACUUAGAACUUAGAAAUGAAUAAAGAGAUGAAGAUAAUAAUUAAGAAUAAUAAAAUUUUGAGAAAGUAAAUGAUUAAGUAGAAUUGAAGGAACCUGAAGUCAAUGUUGUUUAGAUUGUUGAAUAACCUUAAAUAGAAUUAGAUAAAGAACUGAAAGAUGAAGAAAACUUAGAACUUAGAAAUGAAUAAAGAGAUGAAGAUAUCCAUGAAGAAUUAGAUGAUUUAAUACAAGUUACAAAUAUCAAUAAAAUAGAAUAAUAAAAUGUUAAGAAAGUAAAUGAUUAAGUAGAAUUAAAGGAACCUGAAGUCAAUGUUGUUUAGAUUGUUGAAUAACCUUAAAUAGAAUUAGAUAAAGAACUGAAAGAUGAAGAAAACUUAGAACUUAGAAAUUAAUAAAGAGAUGAAGAUAAUAAUUAAGAAUAAUAAAAUGUUGAGAAAGUAAAUGAUUAAGUAGAAUUGAAGGAACCUGAAGUCAAUGUUGUUUAGAUUGUUGAAUAACCCUAAAUAGAAUUAGAUAAAGAACUGAAAGAUGAAGAAAACUUAGAACUCAGAAAUUAAUAAAGAGAUGAAGAUAUCCAUGAAGAAUUAGAUGAUUUAAUACAAGUUACAAAUAUCAAUAAAAUAGAAUAAUAAAAUGUUAAGAAAGUAAAUGAUUAAGUAGAAUUGAAGGAACCUAAAGUCAAUGUUGUUUAGAUUGUUGAAUAACCUUAAAUAGAAUUAGAUAAAGAACUGAAAGAUGAAGAAAACUUAGAACUCAGAAAUUAAUAAAGAGAUGAAGAUAUCCAUGAAGAAUUAGAUGAUUUAAUACAAGUUACAAAUAUCAAUAAAAUAGAAUAAUAAAAUGUUAAGAAAGUAAAUGAUUAAGUAGAAUUAAAGGAACCUGAAGUCAAUGUUGUUUAGAUUGUUGAAUAACCUUAAAUAGAAUUAGAUAAAGAACUGAAAGAUGAAGACAACUUUGAACUUAGAAAAGAAUAAAGAGAUGAAGAUAAUAAUUAAGAAUUAGAUGAAUAAAUAAAAGUUACAAAUAUCAAUAAAAAAUAUGACUAAAAAGUUAAAAUAUAGGAUUUUACCAAUUCACAGAGAAGAGAAGUUAGUAUUAUUUAAUAAACUCAACUUGAAUUAAAUUUAUAAUCCAAUUAUUAAUCUCCUGAUCAAUAAUUAUCAUAUUAACUUAAAUUAGAAAAUUAUAAUUAAUAAAUAGAUACUUAUCAAUAAUUUGAAUUUUCACAGGAUGAUCAACCUAUAGCUAACGAACAUAAAGAUAUUGACAUAUAACGUUCUAAUCAAUAGUUAGAAAUUAAAGAAAAUGCAGAUUCUAUCUAACAAUUUGAAGAAUAAAUUCAAAUAGAAAUAGAUUAGAAACUUUAAGAUUUUGCUGGUUAAUACUUAGAAGAUGAUUAAGACCUAAGAAGCAACAAAAAAUUAGAAUGA